CUGUCAUGUCAGUGACAUCACGAUGUGGUAUUAGUCGAAGAAUGAGCCUGAUUUACACUUUAACAAUUAAUUAAACCAGCAAGAAUGUGGUCCUUUUUUUCAAGAGACCCCACCAAGGAUUUUCCUUAUGAAAUUGGCGAACCAGUUCCCGGUUUGGAUGACAAAAACAUCUGGACGUUGCACAGGGCCAAAAAAAAGGGCUCGACAGGAGGCGAAGAUGUUUCUGUAUUUGUAUUUGAGGCUAAAAACGGCAAUGAACAUCUCCUGGAUUUAGCACGUUCAGCAGUGAAGAGAUUAAAAACCCUUAGGCAUCCUAGUAUACUUGCAUAUCUCGAUAGCCUUGAGACUGAAAAAAUGGUUUAUUUAGCAACUGAACGAGUGGAACCUUUGUGCAACCGUUUGACAAAAAACUCUAAAGGUGAUGAAGAAUCCAAAGAAGAGUUAUAUUUUUCUUGGGGAAUAUUUCAAAUUACAAGGGCAUUGAACUUCUUAAAUAAUGAUGGUAAUCUAAGACACAACAACGUCAACUUAUGGACGGUUUUUGUCAAUGAGGAAAGUGGCGAAUGGAAACUGGGAGGAGUUGAAUAUAUGACAGCAGUAGAUGCUCCUUACAAUACACUGCCAUCAACAUUUCAAGCAUACUAUCCCCCAGAUACUAAGGAUAAUGUAAAACCAGCCACUAAAUGCUCGGUUGACAUGUGGGGACUUGGAUGCCUGAUCUGGGAGACAUAUAAUGGUGCACUGACUGCAGACACACAAUUAAAAAACACUGACAAAAUUCCGAAACAGUUACAAACUGUGUAUCGAGAAUUGACCAGCGGCAAUGCUGAAGGAAGACCAAAUCCUGCCGAUGUGAUAGCUCGUUGUCGUAGUAAUGGGGGAUUUUUUAAGAAUGGGCUUGUAGACGCACUUUUAUUCUUAGAAGAGAUUCAAAUGAAAGAGAGAGGGGAGAAAGGUCGUUUCUUCUCUCAACUCGCUGGUCAAUUGGAGUCGUUCCCGAAUGGUGUUGGCAGAUAUAAAAUUUUACCGCAAUUGCUAGCCGCUUUCGAGUUCGGUGAUGCUGGAAGCGCAGUGUUACCACCUCUUUUACAACUUGGUUGCCAAUUACCUGAUGCUGAAUAUCAGAAAAGAGUUGUACCGUGUGUAGUAAAGUUGUUUGCAUCGAAUGACAGAGCAACCAGAUUGAGAUUACUGCAGCAAUUAGACAGAUUUGUUGAUCAUUUACAACCAGCAACUGUUAACGAAGCUAUCUUUCCACAGGUAGCCAGAGGUUUUUUAGAUACAAAUCCUGCGAUUAGGGAACAAACCAUAAAAUCUGUUGUACAUUUAGCACCGAAAUUAGACUAUAAUAAUCUCAAUGUGGAAACGUUAAGAUAUUUUGCGAAACUUCAAUCCAAAGAUGAACACGGCGGCAUACGUACUAAUACUACAGUUUGUUUAGGAAAAAUUGCUCAGCACCUUCAUCCUCAGAUCAGACAAAAAGUAUUAAUCGGAGCGUUCAUAAGAGGUACAAGAGACACAUUUCCACCAGCUAGGACAGCAGGUAUUUUAGCAUUGGCCGCGACGCAGCAGUACUUUCUGCUGCAGGAAGUUGCGAAUCGUAUUUUGCCAGCUUUGUGUCCGCUCACUACAGAUGUGGACAAAGGAGUGAGGGACAAUGCAUUUAGAACCAUUCGAGGAUUUUUAUCUAAGCUUGAGAGAGUAUCUGAAGAUCCUGGGUUGCGGGAAUCUAUGGAGGCAGAUGUAAAUACAGCAACACCUAGUCUUAGUAAUGCGGCAGCAACGUGGGCAGGAUGGGCUGUAACAGCGGUCACAGCCAAAUUUUAUCGUAGUCAAUCGGAUACACCUAAGUCAUCGAAUCCUCAUAAUGCCUCGAGAAUCUUACUAAAUAAACCUGCAUCACUAGAACAGGCCAGCAGUUCACAAAGUAGCGCCAGUACAACUGCCACGACAAGCAGUGCGACGAGUAUGACGUCACUGGAUCACGAUCAUGAGCAUGACCUACAACAUGCCACAAAUACGAAUUCAGAUUGCGACUGGGAUUGUUGGGAUGCUGACAAUUGGGGUGACAUGGAACAACAGCCUUCUACCACCUCGACAUUUGGGACACGCAACGUCUCGCCAUCCUCGCAUUCGUCCAAGGCGAAUGAUCAGUGGACGAAUCUGGAGGAAGAACCGGAGGAAGAAGCAGCACAAAGUAUAGAGGACAAAAAUGAAUCUACCGAGGUAGUUUGGGAGGACUCAGAGUUUCAACCUUUAGAAGAUUUUCAACCAUUAGAACAACCAGGAAAUACUGAAAGUACCGGUACGCUUAAUGGAAAUAAUAAAUUGGAAGAAGCUAGAAGAAAACGUGAAGAACGCAAACUAGCCAGGCAAAGGCAAAUGGAAGCCAAAAGGGCAGUGAAAUUAAGAAAUACUACCACUGCAAAAAAGAUCUAAUUUAAACGCUACAAUUCUUUAAUUACACUCGAGUAUA